AUGUCCUUUUUCGGCUUCGACACGUCGUUGCCGCGGGACCGUCCCGCCCACCACUCGUCUGCGCCUGGCUUUGGCCAGACGCCCGACCCGUGGGCCGGGCUCUCCGGUCAGGGCGCCCCCGCCGACGACGAUGCCCUCAAUUUUGACGACACCUACGAUGGCCUCGGAGACCAGCUUGAUGAAACCGAUGACGCCUUCAACGAUGACACCUUUGGCGGCGAGCCUGCCCAGUCCGUCGGCAAGGACUUCGACUUCUCCGGCCAGACGGCCAAGAUUGCCGGCACAAUCCACGAGGAGCAGAUGCUGUACAGUGCUCGCCAGCCCCCGUCCCAGGUGAAAAGGGAGGAGAGGAAGCCCGUCAAGACUGGAUACGAAAACUAUGCCCAACCUGGCUACAUUGGCAACCUCGAGGCGAGCGCUGAUAUCUGGGGAAUCCCGAAGAAGACCACCCCGAGCCAGGAGAACCAGCGCCAGCAGCUCCCGCCCCAGCAUGCUGCCCCGGCCGCUAGCAGGAAGAUGAUGAGUCUGGAGGAGGUUGAGGCUGCUAUGCUUGCCCAGAAGAAGUACGGUGUCCAACAGCAGCCUGUUCAACCUCCCGUUACCCAGCCCACGCCUCAGCCCGCUAUGCCUGGCUUUCCGCAGCAGCCCCCGCCAAACUGGGGCCAGCAGCCCUUCGGAGCUCCGCCGCAGAUCCUCCAGCGCCACCAGCAGUUCCCCCCUCAGUUUGCUCAGCAGCGUCCUCCGUCAAUUCCUCAGCAGCAGAUGCCGCAUGAGCUGCCUGCCCAGAGCAUCCCGCAGCCCCAGAUCCUCCAACGCCAGAGGCAAGAACAACAAGGCCAGCGCGGUACUCCGCCUCAGAUGCACCAGCUUCCGCAGCAGCCCCGCCAGAUCCUCCAAAACCCGAACCAUCUCUCCGGCCCAGGCCAGCCCGUAGCUCAGGCCUUCAACCGCAUGCCGCCGACUGGACCAGCUCAUGCACGCGGUCCUUCGUAUCAGGGCCAGGUCAUCACUCACCCGGAGCAACUGCUACGUCUCUCCGAUGCUGAGCGCGCUGCUUUUCUGGAGGAAGACGCCAAGCGUGCAAAGAGGAUCCAUAAGAUCCACAUGCUUUCCAAGGACAACGGCCUUAUGACCCCGCAGGACAAGAAUUUCAUCACCCGCAUUCAGCUCCAGCAGCUUGUCACGGCUACCGGUAGCAUUGAUGACCAAGGCCCCGAGGCUGCCCUUGCCGAAGACUUCUAUUACCAGGUCUUUUCGCAGAUUCGUGGAGCUCCGCGUCAGAACCCUCACCAACCUGCCAACCAGUUUGCUCAAACCUACCUGUUCCAGACUGGUGGCCGCUAUGGAGGCCGCCGGCACCACCGCGGCGGUGACAACCACGCCCAGCGCAUGGAGCAGCAGGUGCAACGCGCGGUCGAGGCAGCCAAAGCGAAGCCCAAGAACAAGCAACUUGUUAUCGAGGGCAGCCUCGGCAAGAUCUCGUUUAGCAACGCAAAGACGCCCAAGCCCCUGCUGAACAUCAAGAAGCCAGAAGGAGAAGGCAGGCCGAACGGUGCCGGACGUCGACCCAGCCGGGCCCACCAUGACGUCGCCGACCGCAAGGCGACCCUGCGCAACAUUGAGAACGUCUACAAUAUUCUUAUGAAGAUGGAGGAUCAUGAGCGCAACAUGCCCCCUCCGCUGAACGACGGCAGCAGCCCUGCUCAGAUCCAGGAGCACAUGGAGUGGCAGCACAAGGUUCAGGAGCUGAACCAAAAGCUUUGGCAGAGUUUGAAGGUCAUGGACCCCAUCAUGCCUGGCUCCAACGUUCCGCACCCUUUCAUCGCUAUUCUGUCGCACCCGAAGGGCAAGAAGGCCAUUCCGCGCAUCUUCCGCCAUAUCGAUGAGCAGCAGCGCGUGACAAUCUUGACCAUGAUUGUCGUGCACUUGGACACUCUGGAUGUGGUUCAGCAUGGCAUCCCUGCCGAUCCUCUCACCCCGCUUCCGCGCGCAGCAAAGGAGGAGAUCGAGCUGUUCGCUCAAGCCGUUAUGCCUCCUCUCUUCGCCUAUGUGAACGAGGCGCCCCUGAACAUCGUCAUUGGUCUCUUGGGCCUGGUCCUUGACCGCACCAAUAUUCCCGUGCUGGUCCGCACCAAGAUCGGUUUGUCCAUCCUUACCAUCUUUGUCUCGCGCGCAGAGCUGGUCAAAGAAAGCACCCCGCCAUCAGCAGCCACCUCGCAGGAUCUUCAGCAGAUCGAGCAACUGUACAAUCGUCUCUUCGACACCGUUGAGCCUGUGCUGCCGUACAUCUUCCCCGGCACCGUCAAGGAUGAUGAGGACGUUUACGUGUGGCAAUUCCUUGCAUCCAUGGGUGCGAGCGCAUCCGCCGAGCAACAACAGAGACUGGUUAUUGGCGUCAAGGAUCGUGUCAUGGACACCGUCAACAUUUGCAAGGCGCUCCCUAAGGAGUUGUCUGCGACGAGACUUGGCCAUGUUAACUUGUUCAUGAGGGCGAUUGGCUUGGACGUUGAGUUGCUUGGCUAA